GGGAAGGCGGAGGUUAGAAGGGUGGAGGGGUGGAGGGGUGGAUCUGAUAUAUUCGGUCUUCCCUCCCCGAUCCCGCAACAACGUUUCUCCGUAUUUUCACCCAAACGCGGCCGCAUCGUCCGAGCUUCAAACGCAACUUCAGUCCACCACACGCAUCUGGAGCUCUGAUCCCUCCCACCUCAUCUAUCCCCCACGUACCUACCGACCCCACGAACCUCAACAACCCUCGUGUCGCUCUCGUCUCGACAGAUCAACGCGCGCAUUUAUACUCUGCGCGAGAUAUUGUUUCUACACGGAAGAAGGAAAGAAAUAAUAUACCAGUGAAGAUGACGGGACGCGGUGGAGGUGGUGGUGGUGGGCGCAGGGUUUUGUUGCCGCCUAUCAAUAUGAUUUUCAAGCUGUUGCAGACGAACUCCACAGUUUCCAUCUGGCUGUACGAGCAAAUUGCCAUCCGCAUCGAGGGAAAGAUCAGGGGAUUCGAUGAGUUCAUGAACCUCGUUAUCGACGACGCGAUCGAGGUCGGGCAGGUCACAAAGACGAACGAGACGGAGACGAGGAGGCCGCUAGGCAGGAUCUUGUUGAAGGGCGACAACGUGUCGUUGAUCCAGAGCUUGUCAGGUUGAAGGGGUUGAGUCGCUUGGAGAUGUAUACCGCGUCUAUUUGGCUGUGGCGGACGGGAUGGGCAGAUGGGUUUGGCGCCGAGGGGUGAUGAGGCCUUUGAAAAGCUUGUUUGGGAUGGAUGGAUGGAUGCCCAGGGGCGUUAUGACGCAUAUAUGCCGAUGGUGAAUGGUCUAAAAACGAGCUUGGUCGGGUAUCUGAGACGAUGCUUGAGUGUUCGUUCUGCUACAUGUUUUGCAUGUUGUGGUGGAUCUUAUGCUACUCCUGUGAGUAGAGGAUCAAAUUCGAAUAUAUAAAUGCCAGUGAUAAUAGGCUUCGGGGACUUCUGAAUUAUGCGGUGAUUAUUUUGGUGGGUGAACUACUCUACUUUGUAGGUCCAAAUGGGGCUCUCAAAGUACGAACUCCAUUGGAAAUGAGAAUUUACAGUCGUUUCACGGUUUUUACGUAGGGGUAUUACUUUUGCUCCUCGUCUACUAACUUAAACCUCAAAUCUCGUCUCUAGAUUAAUGAGAAACGCAUCCAGCGAGAG